AAAAAAAGAUAUAAGUGUCGCCUUUACGUGGUAUGCUGGUAACAGCUUCUUCCCACUCUUCCCCUCCUUGUUCCGCCGCCACAGCCGGUGCCAUCUAUCCAUCAUACUUUCUCAUCGGUGGCCGCAACUGUUGCUGCUCUCUCCGGUUGACCUUCCUCAUCAGUUCUCAUCGCAUCCUCUUUUCCUCUCUUCCUUCAAUUUGCUAUUGCGUUUAACAUUUUAUGCUGCCACUCACUGCAUUCUCCUACUUCCAAGAACUCCUUAUCUAGCUUCCAGUUCAUCCAUCUUCUUGUUUCCGUUGUUUGUUCCCCGUUCGAGUUCUUCAGCAUCAGUUGUGAGAAAGCUCUGAACUCUGUAGCUGUGUGUUCGAUUGAGGGGUUUUUGUAGGGUUUUGCUGGUUAAAAACAGAGUUCACAGAAUGGGGAAGAAAGGAGGGGGGAAAAGUUUCCCUAAGAAUAAAAAAGCCAUAAAAAACGAUAAGAAGGGUUCCCGGCAUCCUUUUUCAGCUGAUGACAUGGACGACGAGAUUGAUGCCUUCAACAAGCAGAGAGAUAUCAUCCCACUUGACGUGAAUGCUGAUGCUGAAGAGUCGGACGAAGAUGAUGAAGUCCCUGUUUUCGAUAAGGGUAUUGAUGAUAGUGAAGAUGAAGUCUUUGACGACGAUGAGGAGGAGGACGAUGAGGAUGCUGAUGAUGAUUUGUCGAAAAUGAUUAGGCAAAGAAAAUAUUUACGUGCAAAGUUUGGUACGGGUGAGGAUGAUAUGCAUGAUGAUGAAGAGGAGGAGGAUGAAGAUAAUAAGCUUACUUGGGGAGGAAAGAGGUUUGCUCAUGGUGCUGAGAACCGUAACUUUGAGCUACAAUCGAGUGAUGAUGAGGACCCAAAAGAAGAGGAAAAAUUGGCAUUACAACAACAGAAGGAUAAAGCAAAAUAUUAUACAAUGGAGGACUAUGGCCUUGCUGAUAUUAGUGAAGGCAAGGACGAUGAGAUAAUGACUUUUGAGGAUGCAUCAGACAAAGGAAAGGGGGCAGUAAGGUCACCAGAUAGAGAUAUAACUUUCACUGUAGAGGAUCUGAAAGCUUUGUCAAAGGAGGAGCAAAUGAAUAUACUUCAUAGGUCCGCUCCAGAUUUAGUUGGUUGGUUGUCAGAACUAAAUGAGGCACAUGAACAGCUUGAAGCAAAAGUUAACCCAUUCUUAAGCAAGGCUAAAGCAGGGGAAUUGGAUAUGAAAGGUGUUGUGCGUUACUUUGAGUUGAAGCAGCUUCUUUUGUUGUCAUAUUGCCAAGCUAUAACUUUCUACCUUCUCCUCAAGUCUGAAGGACAGCCAGUCCAUGAUCAUCCUGUGAUGGCUCGCCUUGAUGAGAUCAAGAGCUUAUUGGAUCAGAUAAAACAACUUGACACAGAACUUCCAUUUGAACUUGAGGACAUUCUUAAAGGAAAUAAUGGAUCGGAAACAGUACUAAAGAAUGCUCCAACAACAAUUGAUUCUUUUUCCAAGGAGCCUUCUGUCUUUGCCAAAUCACAGGAAGAAGUGUCUCAAAAAUCAGUCGAGACAGAAAAAUUCCAAUCCUCGAAGGAUCAUGUUCAGAAAGCAAGAAAAGACGAACAUCAGAAAGCUUCCAUUGGUGUGCAAAGUUUGGAAAUGUUAAAAGUUAGAGCUUCCCUUGAGGAAAAAUUGAAGCAAAAGGGUUUGUACAGCUCCAUUGCUCCAAAGUCUAGUGGGGCCCUAAAACGCUCAAGACCGGUUAAUGGACGGCUCGAAACAUAUGAUGAUUUUGUUGACGAUACUGCGGAUGUUAAGGGGGCAGCUGGCUUGGUUAAUGGUUCCAAUAAAGUUGCACAGUAUCUUAAUGCUAAUUUGAAGAAACUAAAGGUCAUUUCUGGUGAUGAUGAUUUACCCAAAAGAGAUGAUAUUGGAGAAAGACGAAGGAAACACGAGCUCCGGGUUAUGGCUGGUGCUGGUGUUCAGAAUGAGGAUGACAAUGGUGAUGACUAUGAUGAUGAAGUUGGCCAUCAUGGAUCUGAUGAUGAUGCAAACGAAGAGGAUGAUUUUGAUAGUGGUGACUCGGAAAAUGAAUUUUACAAACAAGUGGAACAACAGCGAAAUGCAAAACUUGCUGCAAAAGCUCAGAUUUACUCGAGGAAGUCAGGGGUUGUCACAUCCAUGCCAGAGACUAUAGAAGGAAAACGCCAAAUAACAUCUCAGAUGGCAAAGAACAGGGGGUUGACUCGAAUCCGCAACAAGGCAAAGAAGAAUCCAAGAAAGAAUUACAAGCUCAAACACCAAAAAGCUCUCAAGAAGCGGCAGGGACAAGUUCAGAGUAUUAGAAAGCCUACGGGUCCUUAUGGUGGUGAAGCUACUGGAAUUAAUCCUUUCGUUAGUCGAAGCAUCAGAUUCAAGGACUGAUAUUGUCAUGGGGUCUUGCUAUUUCAUUUGAGUAUCACAAUUUUGAAUCAUCUAGUUAAGAUGGAAGUAAUUUUCUUCUUGCCAUGUAACAGUGUAGAAUAAAAACUGAAAUGAUUGUUGAUUGGGAGAGAAGAAUUUUAUUCUAGUAGGUAAACAUAUUUUCUUAGCCUGCC